AUGAAUCGUUACCGGCGGGUAUUUCGAGUGUCUUGGCUCAGAAGAUGUUUCUCAACCAAUGGAGACAAGAAUAUAGAAAAUAUCCGUAACAUAGGCAUCUUGGCUCACAUAGAUGCAGGGAAGACAACGACUACAGAGAGGAUGCUGUUCUUCUCCGGGACCAUCAGAGCUAUGGGGGAGGUGCAUCAUGGCAACACUGUGACGGAUUAUAUGGAACAAGAGCGGCAGCGGGGAAUCACCAUUACAUCUGCAGCCGUGUCAUUUCCCUGGCGUGGAAGUCAGAUCAACCUGAUAGAUACUCCAGGCCACAUUGACUUCACCAUGGAGGUGGAGCAGAGCCUUGCUGUGCUGGAUGGAGCUGUCAUCGUGCUUGAUGCGUCUGCGGGUGUAGAAGCGCAAACCCUAACAGUAUGGAAGCAGGCCAGUGGUUAUCGAGUGCCUCGGAUCCUCUACCUGAACAAGAUGGACCGUGGAGAUGCCAGCGCUGAGGAGUGUGCUCGCUCCGUGAAAGAGAAGUUGCAUGCUCAGCCGCUGCUGCUGCAUACUGAUGUCAGGCUUGAAGGACGGCUUAUAGGUCUGAUAGACCUGAUAACCAUGGAGGAGGUGAUAUGGACGCAGGGUCGAGGGCAGACGCUGGUGCGACGCAAACUGACGGAGAAGGCGGACGGACACAAGUGGGAGACUGCCAUGUCUGAGCACAAGGAGCUUGUAGACACACUGUCCACUCUGGACGACCAGCUCGCUGAGACCAUUAUACAGCAGGAAACUCUAGAAAUCAGCAGCAAAGACAUCGAAGAAGCUGUCAGACGGUGCACACUCUCAAUGAAAGGCUUCCCUAUCCUCUGCGGCAGCUCCUAUAAGAACAUUGGAGUCCAGACUCUGAUGGACGGCAUAAUCUCCUACCUUCCAAGUCCUGGGGAAGGCCACAAGAUGUAUAGAAGCUUCGGCACUGAUCUGGCUGCCAGAGCAUUCAAGGUGCAGCAUGAUGACCAGCGAGGAGUGCUUACCUUCCUCCGGCUUUACAGCGGAGAGAUCAGCAAGGGACAGAAGAUUUAUAAUCUUGCGCGGGAUAAGAAUGAACAGGCGGGCGCGCUGUACGUGGCGCUAGCGGACGAGUACCGGCUGGUGGAGAAGGUGACGGCGGGGAACAUCGCAGUCGUCAGCUCGCUUAAGGCUACGAUGACGGGCGACCUGGUGACGUCUUCCCAGGCUUCUGCGUCUCGGGCCAAGACUCAGCUGUCACAGCUGCUGCAGGACGCUGGAGACCACCUCGAGGAACUGGUGCUGCCCAGUGCCAGGCAGAAACUACAGGCCUUGGAAACACAACCUUCUAAUGAUGAACUUGCUGAACUACUGCUGGGAAUCGGUACGUCAGUCCCGGAGCCCGUGUUCCUGUGCAGCAUGGAGCCGCCCAGCGUGUCGCAGCAGCCCGCGCUGGAGGCCGCGCUGCUGCAGCUGCAGCGGGAGGACCCCAGCCUCCGGGUACAUACUGACGCGGACAGUGGACAGACUGUACUCGCAGGUAUGGGAGAGCUCCACCUGGAAAUAAUCAAAGAGCGCAUUAUCAGGGAGUACAAGAUCGAGGUGGAGCUGGGUCCCCUGCAGAUAGCGUACAGGGAGACCCUGCAGGGCUCCGCGCGACACACGCUGGCCGUAGACCGCAAGAUAGGGGGCUCCAGGCAGGUCUGCAAGGUCACCAUGUCAGCUAAACCUAUGAAGGGCCUCGCACCCGAGAAAAUCUUGAAGUUGGACAAGAGCGGUGACAGCGCGGCCAACCUGUCCCACAUCCACCCUCGCCACAUGCAGGCCAUCAAACAGGGACUCAGCACUGCCCUCAUGCACGGCGCCAAGCUCGGGUGCCCCGUAGUGGACGUGCAAGUGACGCUGCACUGGUUCGAGCUCGGGCGAGGCACGUCCGACUCUGUAGUCACCGCCACCGUCGCACAAUGUCUCCGGAAGGUAUUCGAAGAAGCAGACCCACUACUGCUGGAGCCGCUGAUGUACGUGGAGGUGGUGUGUCCGGAGUCCCACUCCGGCAGAGUGCUGGCAGACCUCUCCAGGAGACGGACGCAGAUACAGCAUAUACAUGUACGGCAUCAGAACAAGGUGAUCGAGUGCUUGGCACCGUUAUCCGAACUGCUGGGCUACUCCACCAGUCUGCGUUCCCUCAGCUCCGGGCUGGCCACCUUCACCAUGGAAUUCCACUCGCACAGCCAGAUGUCGCCAGUCGACGAGGAGAAAGCCAUCAGAGCCAUCACAGGUUUUUAA